CCCGGGUUCCUCCGGAAAUUCUCGGGUGUUUCCGUCUCCACAUCGGCACCAAUUGGUUCUUUCCAUCCUCCUAGUCGCUCCCCCUCCCUCAUCCUGCUUUCAGAGCUCGGUUCUCUUCGUCUUACCGAGGCUUUGAAUCGAAUCUGUUCGGAAGCUCUCGACUCUGGCAUAACCAUAAUCGGAAUUAUUCGGCUAUCUCCGGACCUAAGGCUGAGACGCUGUGGCGCUUGGGUGUUUGGGGCUGGUCCGGGACCGGAAGUGCGUGGGCUUCCCGGCUGGCCCUCCUUAGGGUUUUUAGGAAACCUGGAAGCGGCGGCGAUAAUUGAAGUCUAAACACUCUUGUGACGGUCUCCGGGUGCCCUGUGAGAGGAAAGGGGAGGAAAUAUAAGAAAAUAAUGGAGUUAUGAAGUUCUUGGCAUAUUUCAGAGGCUACAUGCACAUUGCGGAGAAGGGUCUUUCGUCAUAUAUGAUGUUUUCCCUUUCUUUUUUUUCUUUCUGUUGAUAGCUCUGGAAUGAUUAGCAUCUAGGCCCUGACCAGCUGCUUGGAUGCCACUGGGAUCAUCUUCCUCUUCGAUGCCGCUACCCUUCCCUUCUCCCUUACCCUCGGUACCAGACAAUAUUUCUAACUCUUCCCCUCCCCCAAUGUCUUACAUCACUUCCCAGGAGAUGAAGUGUAUUCUUCACUGGUUUGCCAGCUGGUCAGGUCCUCAGCGUGAACGUUUCCUACAGGACCUGGUAGCUAAGGCAGUACCGGGAAAAUUGCAGCCACUGCUGGAAAGUCUGGAGCAGCUUAGCGUGUCUGGAGCAAACCGACCACCUUGUAUCUUUGAGUGCCAGCUACGUCUUUGGGAUCAGUGGUUUCGAGGUUGGGCUGAGCAGGAGCGCAAUGAAUUUGUCAGGCAGCUGGAGAUCAGUGAGCCAGACUUCGUGGCAAAGUUUUACCAAGCAGUGGCUGCUACCGCUGGUAAAGACUGAUAGGCAUUAAAAUCAAAGAAGAUAACCAGAGCUAAUGGAGCCGAGGCCACAACUUUACCAUGAGAACUUCAAAUGUAUCACUUAAAGGCCUGGGGAUGGUGUCCCGAUCAGCUGACUGAACUCGCUGACCAAUACAAGCCUGGUGAUUUCAACAGCCGAUCAACUGGAUUCCUAGUGUAAAUGUUUUCCAUCUAAGCAAAUCCAGAUCAGCAAUCUGUCUCCUAGCUUACUUCCUUCCAAGAGAUGUCAAACCCUCAAGAAUUUAAAGGCUUCUUUUACAACUAUAACCGAAAGGAAUCUACACAUUAUAACUCAAGCCUACUGCCGGCCCAUAGGGGUAUAAAAUAGAGCCCUUCUACUCCAGAAACAAGAGAGAAGGACAAUAAAAGGUCAUGUUCUUAUAAUUUAGCUGGAUUCAGAUGGCUGCUUUCACCACUGUUACCAAAUUCUGGCAUAAUUAUGUGAUAUCCCAACUACUAGCUUUCCUAGUGAUGAUUUAGUAAAAUUAUGGAAAAAUCAGGAGGUGGAGAUAAUUAGCUACUCCUUCCUCCACACUGAUGUUGGUAUGAAUCCAAGUAGCAAUGAUUUUUUUCUAAAGUAUAUAUGACAUCCUUGGAGCUGGUAGCAGAUGUUCCUAUUCUAUAAGUUUGCUUUACAACAAUAUGAAAACAAGUGACAUUCUUUACAGGUUGAAGGGUUUAUUUUUUGUAUCAAAAUAAAGAACAGAUUUUCAGAACC